GCGACUUUUCCAAUCUCAAGAGCUAUUAUGUUGUUCUCAUGCUAGAAGCAUUUUACUCAGCACGACUAUAAUGGACAAAUCAAAUUUCUACCAUGAUCUUAGCGAUGAAAGCGCCGUUGGCGACCCCGGUCUCGGGCCUCGAAUGCAUCCGCUGAAAGUAUUUGAUCUAGCGAAAUCAGAAAAUAGGCCAGUGCAUAUUUCUGCUCCUAUGGUUAGGUACAGCAAGCUUCCUUUCCGCGCAUUGGUACGGGACUACGGAGUAGAUAUUUGUUAUACGCCAAUGAUUUUAGCAAAAGAAUUUAACCGGAGCAUCUUUGCAAGAGACAGCGAUUUCACCACAAACGAGGGGGAUAGACCUCUAGUCGUCCAGUUUGGAGCCAGCUCGCCGUUGGAGUUGGCUAGAGCAGCGGAGUUUGUCAAGCCCUAUUGUGAUGGCAUUGAUCUGAACUGCGGUUGUCCCCAGAGUUGGGCAUGCCAAGAGGGUAUUGGCUCCCAGCUCAUGCACGAGAAAGAAAACGUCUACGAGAUGGUUAAAGCGGUCAAAGAAAGAUGUGGCAGGGACUUUUGUGUCAGUGUAAAGAUCCGUGUCCAUGCGGACUUGAGAGAGACAGUUGACUUUGUCAAAACGGUUCAAGAGGCUGGUGUGGAUUACUUUGGAUGUCACGGCCGUCGGCGGUCACAAAAAAGCAGUGAGCCGGUCAACCUCGAUGCCAUCAAGCUGGUCAAGGAGAACACGAGAGUACCAGUGGUUGCAAAUGGAGACGCCUUUAGUAUGGCAGAUGUGAGCAGAAUAGCAGAAAAGACAGGUGUAGAUGGCGUCAUGUCUGCUCGAGGGUUACUUGCGAAUCCAGCACUCUUCGCUGGCUAUGAUGUUACGCCUUGGAGCGCAGUGGAGCGAUUCAUGAAUUAUGCUGUUCGAUAUCCCAUUCCGUUUAAGCUUGUUUUGCAUCAUUUGUCUGAAAUGACUGUUAAAUUGAUCGGAAAGAAAGAGAAGCAGGAAAUGUUGGCGGCGGAAGAUAUGCUGAGCUUAAUAGACUGGCUAGAUGAUAGAUCUGAAAUGAAAAGAGACUUGUCCGCCUAA